CAGGCGUCCCGAGUAGGAGAGCGAGAGGGCAGAGCGACGAAAGUGUCUAAAUUAAGCAUAAAUUCAAACGAAUGUGCCAUUACUGCUCAAAGUCAGAUGGCGGCUCAUCGGGCACCGACUACCACUCAGGUUGCGUGCACCUCUGCGGCCGGACGAUGUCCCGGACGAUGUCCCGGACGAUGUCCCGACCGCUGCCCCUCGUGGUCGUCCUGACCGUCAUCGUCCUGGGCGUCCCCGAGGCCGCCACCCAGCAGACCAGCCUAUGCCCGAAGCCGAGGACGAGAGCUGGUUUCCUGCUCGGCGAAUUCGUAGGCACCUGGUACGAGAUGAAAAGGACCCCUCGCGAUAUCGGGGCCGAUGACUGUGGCGUGGUGACGUACAGUUGGAUCACGUCUGACACCGUCCAAGUCACAGACAUCUUCUACAUGCCCGACAACACAUCGAUAAACUUCGUCAGGAUGGCAGCCAAGAUAGUGGACGCCAACUCCGGUAAAUUCUCCGUGACUUACCCGAUAGAACCUGCGCAAUCCGGCAUCGAAACGUCUGACGGCCCUCCGUUCAUGUACUGGGUCCUGGACUCCGAUUUUAUUACGUACGCCGUGCUGUACUCGUGUCAGGAACAACCAGGCGCCAUCGUCCCGCAAAUCGCCCUGACCGUACUCGCCAGAGACCCUUCGACCUACGACAUCGAGAUGAACGUCAGGGCGUCCCGCGUGAUCGUGGCCGCCGGCCUGAACCCCAACCUCCUCAGGCCGGUUCAGCACCAUACGGGGUGCCCGUCGGUCACCUGCCCUAAGUGCUCCGGCGCAGUGGACAAGCUGAAUCUCGAGAGGCUGAGAGGUUCCUGGUGGGAGGUCCAGCACAGCCCCUACGCAGAGAACUCCUCCAGCUGCCGCGUCAUCGACUUCGCCGCGGUCAGAUACGGCUACACGACCUACGGCACCAAAUUCACCACCUCCUAUCACGAGAUCCACGACAGCCCACAAACGAAGAGAUGGUACCUGCAAGGCACAUGGAGUUACCCCAACCAGCAAAAUGGAUCGUUUGACUUAGGUGACGAGGGCAUCUUGUGCGUGCUGGGCACCGACUACGAUAACUGGGCCGUGGUGUCGGUCUGCUUGGCCGCGUCGGCGGAAAGACUAUCGCACCCCCCCAUACAACCCCCGGGCAACGACAUGACCCCGGCCACCAGAGGUGGCGUCUAUGUGCUGGCCAGGAACCACGGCCUCACCCCGGGGCAGCAGCUAGAAGCCAACAAGGCCGUGGCCACGGCCGGCGUGCCCCCCGCCUACAUGCAGGCCACGCCGUCGACGCCCUGCCCGGAUGUCCUAAUGCCCGUCAGCGCCGCCAACGCCACCAAGACCUCAACCAUCCUGCUUCUGACCGCACUGGCUGCCGUCUUGAGGCACCUCAGGCCUGCACAGUGA